AUGGCAAAGCUCAUUAUCAAUCAUGCAAUUUUGCUUAUUUUUUCUUUAUUCAUAACCACGCAAAUUCACGUGAACGCAAGAGAUCUUGAUGAUGAAAGGGAUGAUGAACUCGAGGCCAACUAUCUCUGCCUCAAAAACGAAAAGCUCACCAAGAUCCACUUCUACGCCCAAGACUUCGCGGGCGGCCCGAACUCGACCGUGUUCGAGAUGGCCCGCACCAACAUCACGGGCGACCCGCUGCUGUCGUUCGGGAAGCUCCUCGUGGUGGACGACCUCCUCACGGCGGGGCCCGGCCUCGACUCCAAGAAGGUCGGGAGGUCGCAGGGCAUUGUGACCUCCGCCGACAUGAACACGCCGGCCACGGCGCUCAACUUCAACGUCGUCUUCACGUCGGGGAAGUACAACGGGAGCACGCUCAGCAUCGCCGGCCGGAACCUGGUGUCGGCGACGGUGCGCCGCCUGGCGGUCAUCGGCGGUACCGGCGUAUUCCGGUUCGCGCGCGGCUACGCCGCCCUCACCUCUUACUCGUUCGAAGUCGGAAAAGAUUUGCAAACGUACUACGUCGUCAUUGAAUACAACGUUUACACUACUUUUUGUCCGAUGUGA